GGUGGUGGAUACAGCUUCUUUUCUGGAAAAGAUGCCUCCCGUUCUUACGUGACAGGAUGUUUCGAAACUCAUCUAACUCAUGACUUGCGUGGAUUAACACGUGAACAACUUAAGGAUCUUGAAAAUUGGGUUAGUUUUUAUCGUGAUCAUCAUACAUAUUAUAGAGUUGGACGAGUUGUUCAUAAACCUAUUGAUCCAAAUUCACCAAUUCCUCCUCCUUGUAAUGAUGCAUCUGAUAAAAAAUCGUAA